AUGCGCACAGCCGUGCUGCCUCAGGAGAAGCUGUCCCCUCCCGAGAGCCGCUGCGACUGCAGUCUGGACACUGAGCAAAACCAACCUCCUCAUCUGCUCCUCUGUGCAAAUCCUGGCAAUCCAGUGUUUUCCUGUAUGCUGGACUCCAAAACAAUCAUGACCAAUGGCUGUUUGACAAAGCCUCACGUCCUACUGUUUAAAACAACUUCAAGUGAAUACGGUGCUAUACCACCUACCCCAGAGAUGGUACCCUGUACUUACCAUCCAGUGGAUCGAACCUUUUCAAAACACUUACUCAUUUGUGGGUCGUUUCAAAAUAGUUACUUAAACACUGCCAUUGACAGAAGUAGGGUAUAUGACUACCCCAAUUUACAGCAUACUCUGUAAAAAUGCAUCUCCAUCUUUUUGUCACAGACUUAGACAAGACACUUAGCUUUAAGAAAACAUAUCUGACUUAUUUCAGUCAUUCUGGGAAUAACUGUCAAUAUCUGAUUUAUUUUGGUUUGCAGUAAGAUGCAUCAAAACAGAUGUAGCCCAUCUGAUUAUACACUUCUCUCAACCAGACCUAAACCCAUAAAAAUAAAACUUUCGAAACUGGUAUCAUAAAUGUGGAACGCUCAUUUUAUAGAAAGAGUUAAGUGCAAGAGAGAUUGAUCUGAGGUUUAUUUGUUUUAAUUAAAGUAUUUUCUGGUUUUAAAACUUGAAAGUCAGUCUCCACAUUCCUACAUCUUAGGACACCAAUACCAACAUAGUGCAUAUGACUGAUACGGUGUACACACUGUCAGCUCAGGUAUUGAACGCAGAAGUUUAACAUCCAUUUGCUCCCGAUAUAAUCGGAUGAAACAGGCAGAUAUUGUUCAUGCCAGCAAGCACAUUUGCUUCCCCAGCCUUUAAAGAAGGCACUGUUUCUGUUUCAUAGCAGUAGAAAAAGGUGCCUGUCUACAUCAAAAAUAGCCUUGAGUAGCUAUAACAAAGCACUACAAUACAAAUAGCCUAUACAGAGGUAUACAGAUUGUUCUAAUAGGCUCUGGAACCAAAACAGAAAAUUAGGAACUUGCAACCAGUCUCUGCAUCUUUGCAUUUUCUCUUCCUGUUGCCAGUGUCUCUUGUCCUUAGCCUCCACUUCCCCUCAGAAAAUAGCCAUAUUUUGGCAAAUAUACCAUUACACUCAACAGAGGUACUAAAGCUCCUGCACUGCCCUCCUUCCAGAUGCUAUAAAUGAAGUAUUCUCACCCCCUUCCAUUGCAAUGCAGCAGGUAUCUGUAGGAAAGAAGGAACAGCAGCUACCCCAGACAUUUCUGACUCACCUCAGCCCUCCUCUCAAGGCUUUAAGUAAAGCAACUGGAAGCAACAUCUGCCACCUUCUCACAGACAAGUCAGUCAUAAGUGGUAUUCGGGAAGCAGACUGAUGUGGAAAAUGCAGAAGUCUGCUAAAACUGCUACUGAAAGGAGUGCAGUUGAAAUGGUCACAAUUUGAAUAGAAUGCCUAACAAAACAGAACCACUUCAAGUCCAGUGUUUCAGGUUGUCACAGUAAUACAAGUGCUAACAUUAUAUGUAUAAGCAAUACAAUUCUGUAUUACAUUCUUCCACUAUCCAAAACAACAGAUGCACGACUACAAAGCACAGUGUCACGCUUCAUGUCACUUUACAACACUUGCAGCCUCACCAGGAUGGUCCCUUUUUUGAGAAUCUUUAAUCACACCAGUAUUCAUAAAAUACUGGUCAAUGUCAACAGAGUACAAAUUAAAAAGAAAAAAAAGCUCAAAAAAAAAAUUCCCAUAUAAAUAACAAUGUUUUUGAUUUAGAAUAUGCUUUACAGCUACACUGUAAGAUUACUAGAAGAAGUAAGUCAUAUUCAUUGAUGGGACAAUUUAUCACAGGAUUAAUUUACCACUACACUACAAUACCACACUACAGGUUUAUAAUUUCUCCAAUUACCUUGUUUGUUCAGCCCAAACAAAUGUUUCAAAAUAGUCUGAAAAUAAUCAACAUACAUUACGUAAUGUUAAAAAGAAUGUUCUGCACAACAUAAAACCUUCCUCUAUGCGUCCAGGUGGAGGUUUUCCAAAUUGGAUGUCUGAAUUAGAGUAUCUAAAUUCACUUAGUUUCAGAUGUGCCAAUGUGCCAAACACUAUGAACAAUAAGAAAAGAGGAAAGCAUAUAACUAUUACCAUAUAAUAUGUAACCUUUUCGCUUUGGUGGAGAACAGAAAGGUAAGUUAACAGGUGUUGACUAAAUGGAGCUACUGAAGUUCUUUGAAAACCCACUGUCUAGAUGCAGUACAUACUUCCAGACAAAUAUUCCAUUUCAUUAUGAGUAACUUUAAAUCCAGUACUAAAAGCAUGUUUUAAGAUUCGGUCCACAAUAUUUCACAGAAAGCAAAAAUGACAACUUGGUAUAAAAUUAUAUAAAACUAACCAUAUUUGUUAUAAUACUAUACUUUUCAAAAAACAGUAAUUAAUAUAUCCAAU